ACGUUUCCAUCGCGAUAAAAAAACACAAAAUCCACUCAAACUUUCAAUCGUGCAAUGGCCGAUCCGCGAAUUCGCACGAUAAAAAUCAAAACGGGCGUUGUAAGACGAUUAGCCAAGGAAAAAGUGGUAUACGAACGGGAAGCCGAAGCACAAAGGGUUCGCAUAGAGAAGUUCAAAGCCCAAGGAAAGGACGAGUACGAGCUGAGAAAGCAGGAAGAAGUUCUCAACGAGAGUCUUAUGAUGGUACCCGACUGUCAACGUCGCUUAGCUGUCGCCUAUGAAGAUUUAAAGGGUAUUUUGGACACAGAAAAGGACCUGGUGGAGUUGGAUGACUACAUAGCAGCUCAGAAGAUACUCGAUGAAGCUAAAAUCCAAUUACCCAAGUCCGGGGAAUUGCACAUGUGCUAAUUAAUUAAACCUUUAUAAACUACGCAUACUAACAUUUAUAUUUACAAGACUAUUAUUAUUAUACAGACUAUUAACUACUAUUAUUGGUGAAUUAUUGUUCGAAGAUGAAUUUCCUAAAGUAUCAAAAUUUUUCUAACCGUAACGUUAACAUAGAAGUGCCAGUUUUGAUGGACCCGAGGACUAAUGUGUUGCAGAGUAUAUACAAUCAAACCAACGAUGAGAUUUGGAUUGAUUCGUGGCUGCAACAGAACAAUGUGUAUCAUCCUAUACCCAAGAUUAAAGUGAACAAAGCAGGCGGUAGUAUUGUACCCAUUAAUGAAGCCCAAUCGUCCCUCAAAGAAUGCCUCAUGUUGCUGGAUAAACUCACGAAGACCCACCAAGAGCUGGAAAGCAACGUGGAAAUAAUUUCCUCGAACGAUUGGAAAGAAAAAACCGUGGAAAUCGGCCAAAUCAAAGACCAAUUUACCAAAAUCAUGUCGAAAUUCGAAAACGGCGACGCGAUUUUCGCUCUCAAGAAAACCAUCGAUAAAAGAAAGAAGAAGCGAUCGAACCAGAAGAAAAACAAGGAGUUUAAAAAGAGAAUUGAAGAGGAGAAGAUCCAAAUUCGGGAAAAGCUACACAAGAGCAUCGACCAAUGGUUGACGAAGAAGAAAGAAGAUGAUGAAAAACUCAAAAUGGAAGAAGAUAUGCAAAAAGACGCCGAUUGUGUACUAGCUGAAGUAACGAAGAAAAAAUCUGAUGCCAGAAAACAAAUGGCUCUAAUCGGUUCUUUAGCUAAACUACGCUUUAUCAGACAUCACAUGGCCGUACAAAGGGGAGAAAAACCUUCUUUGGAAGACCAAAACGCUUUCAACAUAACAGUUGUUAAAUUGAAGGAUAUGUGGGAAUCCUCGCUGAAGACUUACAUCACCGAAGAGCAAGGAUUGAAACUGAUGUUGGAAAAAAACGCCACAGAAGAUUCGAGAACGGCGGAAUUGGCUAAAGAAAGAAAAUUAUUGGAAGAUUGGCAUACGGUUUUCUUCGGUCCUAGACAGAUUAUCUCACAAGAUAACGCUAUUUAUUGGGCUCUAACUGCAGCUGAAAGAGACAUGGAGACUUUCAUUGCCAUAAGGAAAAGCUGGGAUACGUUUCUGGUGUCUCCUGCGAAUGAAAUGGGAUCGAAAAUACCAGUAGGCUGGGUUUUGCCGAGUGCCAACGAAAGCUGGGCUAAUUAUUUAUCUAGUGGUUAAUAAUUACGAUCAGUUUCACAAAUUUGGUGUAAAUAAUUAUGUUUUCUAUUACUCUAAAUUUUUUGUGAAAUUGAUCUCUACAUUUUUUUAAUAUUUAGCUUGUUUUAUACUGUUAAAGACUAGUUCUAAUCAUUUGCUAUUAUUUUUUUAUUUACUUAAUAUUAACAAGAAAUUUUCUAUAGCUUCUCUUGCAUUUUUUUUAUUUGAUUACAUGUAUAAUAUCUAUGUUUUUGAAAUAA